CGCAUUUAGCAAUACCAUCUCUAUGUGUUAUACUUGAUAGUCCAAGUGAUUUACGACUUUUUGAACAUUCAGUCUUAUCAUCAUUAACAACAUGGUCAAUUGGUGCUGGUGUUGAACCUUGAGCAAUUACUGAAUGAGGACGUCCCAUUUUACUUUUACGAUUUUCUAUUAUCUAAAAAAUAAUUUUACUAUAUUAGUACAUAUGCCUAUGUAUCUAAAUAAUUUAUGUUGUCAAAUUUAAUACCUGUUUGAUGGUUAUGUUUAUUAGCAAUUUCAAAUUGAUAAAUAAUUGUCUGUUAUUUUUUCCAAAACAAACAAGAUUAUACCUAUGUAUUUUCAAAAUGAACAAGAAUUUUUUUUUUUUUAAUACUUGAAGUUGUUGCUUUUGAUCACUUGAACUUUCAAUUGGUAUACAUACCUAUCAAUAUCACGUCUUUUCUAAAUUCUAAAUUCUAAUUGUUUCUAAUAAGAAAUAAAAGUUUGUGGUGUGCGCGCGUACAACCUGAUACAACAACACACAGAGGUGGCACUCCAGGGUGCUCCAGCUGGGCUUCCCUAGUUGGACGGUUUUUUAAAUUAAAAAAGUAUAGAGGAAAAAAUAUGUUGGAUGAAUUGAUCUGGACUGAAACUGAAAGUGAAAAUGAUGAUGAUGAGGAUGAUGAUGGAGCAUGUUCACCAUCAAAAUUAACAAAACUUGCUGGUGAUGUAGUGAAUAAUAUUCCAUUACCAAGAUGCUGGCAAUGGAACAUGGACCAAGUUGUCAAUUGGAUUGAUCACACUGUCAAGCUUCCACAGUACAAAGAAUGUUUUAAAAUGAAUUUUAUAAAUGGUAGACGUCUGUUACUUUUGGAGGAUCAUUUGCUAUCAAGAAUUGGAAUUUGUAACUUAUCUCACACCAGGCUCUCUCAACAAACACGUGUUAUUUAAUUAUGACAAUCAUCAAGAACAACAACAACAACAACAGACAUUCUGAUUAUUAAUAAUGACAAAUUUUAUAAAAAAUGUGCAUAUUCGAGAUGGAGAAUAUACUAAAAUAAUAUAUUCAAUGAUAAAAGAACAACGAUAUACAGACACAAUUUAUAUUUUAAAUGAUGUUUUAUUAUCACAUCCAGAAUCACGAUCAUGUUUGUCAUUGCUGGCUCACUGUUAUUUUUAUACACAAGAUUUUACUUCAGCAGUUGAUUGUUAUGAAAAAUUAAUUCAUUUAUAUCCAGAGGAAAGUAUUUACAAGCUUUGUUAUGCUCAGUGUCUUCAUCAGGCAUGUAUGUAUCAAGAAGCAUGGACAGUAUCAUGCUCAAGUGCUUUAAAUAAUCCAGAUUAUGAGGCAAAAGUUAAAAAAUUACAAGCAGCAAUAAAAUACAGUCAAGAUGAUAUACCAGCAGUUAAAAAUAUUAUGGAACAAUGUUCUCCUGAUGAUGUUGAUACAGAUAUUAAUAUUGGAUGUUUACUUUAUAAAGAAGGAGAAUAUGAAAAAUCAUUAAAAAAAUUUAUAGCUGCAUCACAAAUUGCUGGCUUUAAACCACAUUUAUCAUACAAUGUUGCUUUGUGUUAUUAUAAAUUAAAAGAAUAUGCUGCAUCAUUAAAAUACAUUGCUGAUAUUAUUGAACAAGGAAUAAGACAACAUCCAGAACUAAGUGUUGGCAUGACAACUGAAGGAAUUGAAGUUAGAAGUGUUGGAAAUACUCUUAUACUUCAUGAAACUGCAUUGACUGAAGCAUUUAAUCUCAAAGCAGCUAUUGAAUAUCAAAUGCAAAAUUAUGAUGCAGCUAGAGAGGCAUUAACUGAUAUGCCACCAAGAUCAGAAGAAGAACUUGAUGCAGUUACUCUACAUAAUCAGGCACUCAUCAAUAUGGAUACCAAGCCAAGUGAAGGAUUUGAAAAAUUACAAUUUUUAUUGCAAAAUGAACCAUUUCCACCAGAAACAUUUGCAAAUCUCUUGUUACUUUAUUGCAAAUAUCAGUAUUAUGAUUUAGCAGCAGAUGUACUUGCUGAUAAUGUUGAUCUUACAUAUAAAUAUUUAACUCCGUACCUUUAUGAAUUUUUGGAUGCAUUGAUAACUCAACAAACAGUACCAGAAGAGGCAUACAGAAUGUUUGAUGAUUUAGCAAAUAAACAUUGUGAAAUAUUACGUAAAUCAACAAAACAAGUACAAGAAGCAAGAAUAAAUCACGAUGAGAUAUCUGUUAAAAAAGCUGUUAAUGAUUAUGAUGAAGCCUUGGAAAAAUAUAUUCCAGUAUUAAUGGCUCAAGCUAAAAUAUAUUGGGACUUGGGUAAUUAUAUUCAAGUUGAAAAAAUAUUUCGCAUGAGUAAUGAAUUUUGUAAUGAUGAUCAUGAUGUAUGGAGAUUAAAUGCUGCUCAUACAUUAUUUAUGCAAGAAAAUAAAUACAAAGAAGCUACUGGUUUUUAUGAGCCAAUUGUUAAAAAAAAAAAUGAUCAUAUUCUUGAUGUUAGUGCUAUUGUUUUGGCAAAUUUAUGUGUUAGUUAUAUUAUGACAACUCAAAAUGCUGAGGCUGAAGAAUUGAUGAAAAAAAUUGAAAAAGAAGAAGAAACAAUUGCUCUUGAAGAACAAGAUAAAAAAUUAUUUCAUUUGUGUAUUGUUAAUUUAGUUAUUGGUACAUUGUAUUGUUCCAAAGGUAAUUAUGAAUUUGGAAUAUCAAGAGUUAUGAAAAGUCUUGAACCUUACAAUAAAAAACUUGGUACAGACACAUGGUUUUAUGCUAAAAGAUGCUUUUUAUCAUUACUCGAACAAAUGGCUAAACAACUUGUUGUAUUAAAAGAUUCAACAAUUGAAGAAUGCAUACAAUUUUUAGAACAUUGUGAAAUAUAUGGAAGAGAUGUAACAACUGGCAGUGAAAAUCAGUUGGCAGCAGCAGCAACAACAACAACAACAACAUCAACAAUUGAUGCUACUAAUAAUAAUGAUAAUUUAACAAUAACAACACCACAGGGUAAACAAACUGUUACCUAUGAAGCCAGAUAUUUAAAAGCAUUAUUUUUAAAAAUUCAAAUGUUGUAAUAAAAACUUUGAUGAUGAUGAUUUAUUUAUUAAUAAUAAUACAAUAAGAAACAUAAUACAAUAUUAUUAUUAUUAUUAUAUUAUAAAAGAGGCAAUUUUCUUAUAAAUUGUCUUAUCCACA